CAUUACAUGAGUCACAGUUAUACAGUGAAGUUAGGUGGAAUUCUCUGAAUAUUCCAUGUAAAAAUCCAUGAGAUUUCGCAAUGCAAUCGUUACAACGCCGGGCCAUCUUCCUCUACAUCCUGCGAGCGUAAAACCGCAUACUCCCGUACGAUCACGAAGUGCUCGGCCAGUUAAUAUUCACAUUCCACUUGCAGUCUUCAAAAAGGCGCCACUCCCGACUAAACUUUUUAACAACAAGAAUAUAUCCGUAAUACGAGCAUUUCCCGGGGAUCAGCAACGUCGCAUCCGAUUCUUCCUAGCUCCUAACGUACCAGUGGAGGAGCGUCCGCUGCCGGCCGACCUUGCAGCUCAAGCAUUUGGAUUCAAGAUGUUGAACUGGGUCCAGAUCAUUACGACUCCCACCGCCGACACCCAUGGUACCUGUUUGCUGCUUCACUUCGACAACAAGCGAUAUGUCUUCGGAAAUAUUGCCGAAGGCACCCAGCGCGCAUUCGUUCAGCGAAACAUCGGCAUACAGAAAGUCGAAGAUGUCUUUUUGACCGGGGUAGUUAAUUGGCAAACUACCGGUGGUCUCCUUGGCGUCAUUCUAACUCUUGCCGACACUCUUGCUGGAAAGGUAGAAAACAUACGGGCGAAUCAGGAGGAGAAGAGGAAGAAAAGAGGCGGGAAGGUUCGCGAGAGCGAUGUUGGAUUCAAUCCCAAUACCUUACCGAGCCUUAGAAUCCAUGGUGGGAAGAACAUGGCACACCUGCUAGCUACUGCUCGACGAUUCAUUUUCCGCAAGGGUCUUCCUUUGAUCCCCAAUGAGGUUCGCGACGACCCUCGUCCUGCGAAACAACACUCCUCCGACCCGGAUUGGCAAGAUGUCAACAUCAAUGUAUGGUAUAUGCCUGUCCAAUCAACAAGUGGGUCGCCGACCAACCCCAGGAAAAGAUCUCUCGAAGAGUUUAUAGGAGAUCCCGAGGCGGAUGAGAACAAGGAAGGUGGUGUAAAGUUGGUAAACACCAUAGUCAACCAGAUGUUUGACUCCAACUGGAAAAUGGACGCGCUGAUUGAGACAACUUUACAUAAAGCAAAACUACCAGCAAAAAUAUUUGUCAGAGACAAAGAAGGCCACAUUCAGAUGUAUAAAGGUCCUAUGCCGGGAGAUGGUAAAGACGUACCAGAUAUACCCGUGUUAGUACGUGAACCAUGGCCCGGAGCUAUGAUUCAGUCACUGCCACGAACAGAACCCUCAAAACAGUCUAUGUGCUAUAUAGUCAAGAACCACGAUCGACGGGGGAAAUUCAAUCCCCAAGCAGCUGAAGAGUAUGGUGUACCCAAGUUUAACUACAAGCUUCUUACGAGAGGAGAGAACACCGUGGGAAAAGACGGGAUGAUAGUCACCCCUGAGAUGGUUAUAGGAGAGACCGUCCGCGGUAAUGGAUUUGCCAUCGUUGAUUUGCCAGAUUCUUCUUAUAUCGAUUCGCUUAUAAACCGUACCGAGUGGUUAGACGAGAAGAUAAUGAAUGAGGUCAAUGUCAUCUUUUGGAUAUUAGGUCAUGGAGUUGGGGACGACGUUCGAUUACAAGAGUUUAUGCAAAAGAUGUCGAAAUUAAAACAUGUUGUCUCCUCGCCAGACAGCUGUCCGAAUAGGCUCUCCUUAGAGUCGGUAGCAGCACAAGCUUUCAAACUGCGGUGUAUUGACCCUGACCGGUUCCCCCUGCCGAUAUACAACAACCUACGUUCAAUAUCGGACACUCCGAUAAUAGACGUUCCCCCUAUCUACGAAGGUGGUCAGGUUGGGAAAAUGGUUCAAUUCUCGCCGCAAUAUUUACAUCAGGACGACAAGAUCGUUCCUUUCCCGGACAUCGAAAAACUUGCUCGACACAGCCGAGGACUAGGCAAACAAGUAUUAAAAAUGGCCGUAGAAGCAAGAACGAAGAUUUCGGAUCCCGAGUUUCUUGCCAAAAUCGAGAAAGUAGAGUCUGACAUUCCCAAUCGAGAUGCAGAGGUAAUCUCCCUGGGGACUGGCUCUGCCUUACCUUCCAAGUACCGUAAUGUCUCAGCCACGCUCGUUCGCGUUCCAGGAUACGGAAAUUAUCUAUUCGACUGCGGCGAGAAUACACUUGGUCAGCUGAGCCGAGUGUUUGGCGACGAACUGCCAGAAAUAUUGCGGGAUCUUAAGGCCAUAUGGAUUAGCCAUCUACACGCGGAUCACCAUCUAGGUACUGCUUCUAUCAUUCGAAAGUGGCAUGAGGAGACGAGCAAAUCUAACCCCUCGGCUAAGCUCCUCAUCGCUUCUCACAUACACAUGAUAGAUUGGCUACGGGAAUAUGCUGACAUCGAGAAUUAUGGCUUUGAUCGUCUUGUGACCAGCAUAGCUCGGUAUGCAAAGGGUAGUACAGGGCAAACCUGCCCGCCUCGCAUAUUCACGGAAGAAGAGAGGGCCAUGUUCGGCUUAGAUCGGAUCGACUCCUGCUUCGUAAGACAUUGUUACGGGGCACUUGCAACCGUCUUCACCUUCCCAUCCGGUCUCAAGAUCGCGUAUUCCGGCGAUUGCAGACCGAGUGACGACUUCGUCCAGAUCGGAAAGGGCGCCACACUGCUAAUCCACGAAAGCACAUUCGAAGACGAGCUAAUAGGCGACGCCAUCGCGAAGAAGCACUCGACCAUGUCGGAGGCCAUCGAUGUCGGCCGGCGCAUGGGCGCGCGGAGGAUCCUGCUCACGCAUUUCUCUCAAAGAUACCAGAAAGUGCCCACAAUGGAGGACAGCUUCGAAAUACGGCCUGACGCCAAGGAUGACGAAAAGGCGCAGCUGGACGAGGUGGUACUGGUGGCGUUCGACUACAUGCGCGUUAAGCUUGGGGAUUUCCGGAAGGCCCAAGCUUUCCUGCCGACCCUGCAGAAGCUCUUCGAGGAUGCGAAGGAGACUGAUGAUGCUUGAUGCGGCGUUGUAUAUGUAUAUAAUAUAGAAUUGCCGUUCUGGUAUUAUAUAUCAAUUGGACCAUCAGCCU